AUGGACGUCCUUCUCCCCCAGCGACUGGCCGGCACCGAUCUCCGAACAAGCGAGUCGUUUGACUGCGAGGAAGCGUUUGGUCACGGCCCUUUCCAGAAGAGGAUGCUCGUCCUCAUUCUUCUAGGACUCUUCUCGGCUCAUUGCCAAACCAUGAUGAUUUCCCUUGUCACCGAUGACGUCGACCAUUGGUGCAAGCCACAAGCCGGUUUCAACAUCUCUGAAGCCGAUUGGAAGAAUAUUGCCAUACCGAUCGAGGCCGAUGGACGCUUCAGCCGCUGCCGCAUUUACGAACGCUGCAAGCCACCCUCUGAACAUGCCGAUUCCGCUGAGCAUCACAAUAUCGGCGCUGUUCUAACCGGGGCCGACGAGGGGCACAGCCGAUGCUUCCAGGACACCAGUGACUCACGCGACGUGCCCUGUGAAGGGUGGGACUACGACGUUCGUUCGGCCGAGACCAGUGUGGUGAGCUCUUGGAACAUGGUGUGCGACCAACGUUUGCUGCCGGCCACCCUUGUUGCCGUGCAGAACGCCGGCGCCGUAGUUUCCCUCAUCCUGGCCGGAGCCUUCGUAGACUACGUCGGCAGGAGAGUCAUGCUACUGUCCUCCGCCGCAGCGGUAAUGACCUGCAUGGUGUGCACCUUCGCGGCCACAAAUUACGUCCGCUACGCUGUGGUGCGCUUCCUUACCGGGGCCAGUGUCGCGGUACACACGAUUUUUACCUGCAUCAUACCGUUCGAGGGGAUGACGCGCGCGUACAGGCCGCAGCAAGUGCUCCUUAUGGCGGUGCUGGGCCUGACGUUAUGUGAGAUUUGGAGUGUCAUCAUAACCCAUGGUCCUCGACUGGCGUCUGAAGCAGGUCAUGUUCCUGGCCCCGUCGGCUCUCCUGCUCCCGGCUUUGUCUACCGCCUAUAA